UACCACAAUUUUAAUUCAAAUUCAUAAAGAUUAUCUUAAUACAAUAAUAUAUUCAAUGGAUGUACUUAGUAUACGGUACAGUUUAUACUUCCACGCUCAGGUGUAUCUUCUCUAAUCGUGACGUAAAGGUCACGUGAUACAGGUAAGGGACAUGACAGCUGAUUGUGCAUUAUUAUUCGUGAUCGCUAUAUUGUCAACAUGUGGAGUGUUUGAAUGAAGAUUUGUGCGAAUUGCCUUUGUAUAAUUUUUAUCGAUUUAAAAAAAAAGGAAAGGAAUUUGUGAUUUUUCUUGGAUUUGAGAAUGGAAAAGGUGAAUUGGUAAAGGUUUACUACGAGCAGAGAUGCCAGGUGUGCGAUCGGGUGGUCUGCUGAAGAAAAAACCAAUAUUCGCUUCAGAGGCAGACUUUCAGGAUAAAAAUAACAACACGGAUGGAAUGAAAACCGAGGUAAGGUCGGAGUACGAGGCACGACUACAUAAUGGCCACGCCCAACCGGAGAGAAGGGUGCCUCGCCGUGUAGACUCAGAGCCGGCGAUGAACUGGGGGAAUUUAGAGAAAAAGUACAACAAAAUUGGAAGGAAUGGCUACAGCAGGAAAGAGUUGGCAGAACAUUUAAGACAUUUGUCUGUUGAUUCGAAUUUUGAGAGUACUAAUGUGAGUGGUAGUGGUGGGGGGACAAGUGAGCCUCAGGCUAAUGUAGUGAGGAGUAACACGUAUGCCGGGAGGCGGGAUGUUUCCGACCCCAGCACUCUCCAAGAGAAGCAGAUCGUCAGUUCCCGUGGGACGGUCCGGGGAUUCCGGAACAGGGUGAGGGCUGGAAUUGCCACGUUCCUACAGCAUCAAGCCGGCGAGACCUUGGAGGAGGAUGAACCGAGUUUAGAAAAGCGAAAUUACAAACACCUCGAAAAGGGCAAAAUCAUCAUCUAUACUACCAGUAUGACCGUUGUUAGGCCGACACACGCCCGAUGCAAAAAACUGCAGAAGAUGCUUCAAACUCACAUGGUGCGAUACGAAGAAAAAGAUUUGUUCAUGAGCAAGGAAAAUCAAAAGGAGUUGAUGGAGAGGUUAAAUACGAACGAAAUAGUUCUACCACAAGUCUUCGCUGAUGGUGCCUCCUUGGGGACACUUGAAAACUUGGAAAGACUCAACGAAUCUGGAGAGUUACGCCAUAUUCUUGCCAAUUUUACUAAAAUUGAUGUGAAAUCGUCAUGUGAAAAAUGUGGUGGCUAUCGGUAUAUGCCCUGUAACUUUUGCCAUGGAAGCAAAAAAUCCCUCCGACGUAACAAUUUCACGGAUGAAUUCUGUGCUCUUCGAUGCAUGCAGUGUGACGAAAAUGGACUGCUACGAUGCGACUUGUGUCUUGACCAACAGGAGUGACGUCACGAGUUUUUAAAAUUCGUCCUUUUCGCGAUAUAUAUUAUUAAAUAGGACAGUAAGAAGUCCCUUUAUGCCAAAGAUUUGUUAUUUUGUGAAGGUUCAUUUAUUUUUAUAAUUCACAGUUGGAAAUAUUACUGUGAACAAAUUGAUCAUGAACGUGCUUCGAUUUUACGCAUGUCUUUCUACACGUCAUUAUGAGAAAAUGUGUUUGUGGAUGACUUUAAAAUCCUUCAUGUUAAUGUUAUAAAAUCGUUGUCUAUGUCAACCUGCCACAUGGUUAGCAUAUAUUCAAUGUACUAUUUGAAAAUAAUUGUAGAAAUUAUGAAGAAAAUGGUUUACAAAUAUUGUUUGCUAUAUGUGCAUUGCAUAGACUGCUAUAUAUCCAAAAGUGAAUUGACUUGUUAAAAGAUGUCGCAAAUAUCUGUACAAAUAAUAUCUUGUUAUACCUGUAUUAUUGCAUUUUAUUGUUCAAAAUAUUGAGAGGAAUGACUGCAUAUAUUUAUUUAAUGAAUGAAUGAAACGGUACACAUUAUUUCAUGAACAGUCAACACUCCCACACAAAAUACAAAAAUCGGGUAACAAAAUGUAAACUUAAGAAACGUUAUAAUUUUUGGUGGGAAAGAAUUUUUGCGAAUUGCGACCAAGUGGUCACGUUUGAAUAAGUUUUGCAAAUGUGAAGUAGUACCAACAGUAUCAAUUUUCUGGAACGUUGGCAAAGUCUUUUCCCUGCGAAUAAUUAAUUUUAAAAAAAUAGGUCUCCUGGAUUCGCAAAAAUUUCCACCCAUCCAACAUUUCCGCGUUUACAUUGCUACCCCAUGUUUAAUCAUUCAAACUUCUUAUAGAAUUCUGAGUCAAUGUUUGUUCGUCAUGAACAUAUCUACAAAAAUAUACGCAUUUGUUUAUUUCUUUUUUUAAUUUCAUUGUAUGAUUGUUUUAAAUAUUUAUCUAGUCGCCAAUGUGUGCAAUGAUUGAUGUAUUACGAUGAAAUAAAUUGAUACGUUCUUGUGAUUUCAAAACAUGUA